AUGGGUGUGAAGUCGCUCAGCGUUCACAGUCCAAGGCUGCUGGCGGCGAGCAAGGAGCACCUGUACAAGCUGCUGGUCAUCGGCGACCUGGGCGUGGGCAAGACCAGCAUCAUCAAGCGCUACGUGCACCAGAACUUCUCCUCGCACUACCGGGCCACCAUCGGCGUGGACUUCGCGCUCAAGGUGCUUCACUGGGACCCCGAAACCGUGGUGCGCCUGCAGCUCUGGGACAUCGCAGGUCAAGAAAGAUUUGGAAACAUGACAAGGGUCUAUUACCGAGAAGCCAUGGGUGCAUUCAUUGUCUUCGAUGUCACCAGGCCAGCUACAUUUGAAGCAGUGACAAAGUGGAAAAAUGAUUUGGACUCCAAGUUAAGUCUCCCUAAUGGCAAACCGGUUUCCGUGGUUUUGUUGGCCAACAAAUGUGACCAGGGGAAGGAUAUGCUCAUGAACAAUGGCCUCAAGAUGGACCAGUUCUGCAAGGAGCAUGGCUUCGUAGGAUGGUUUGAAACAUCAGCAAAGGAAAAUAUAAACAUCGAUGAAGCCUCCAGAUGCCUGGUGAAACACAUUCUUGCAAAUGAGUGUGACCUGAUGGAGUCCAUUGAGCCAGACAUCGUGAAGCCCCACCUCACGUCGCCCAGGGUUGUCAGCUGCUCCAGCUGUGCCAAAUCUUAGUGGGCUUCUUUGCUGGCAUAUGGUGGAAAUAACCCCAUCAUCUCAUAGAUUGUGCCUCAAUUUUUACCAUUUGGGAAAAUGUCAUGAUAGGGACACACACGUGGCAAGCCAAAGAUCUAUGCCUGUAUCUUUCCUAUACGAGAGAAAUAGCAAAUGUUCUUUUAAUGUUUUUUUUUUCCCAGCAUCAGCACUGUGUUUACAAGCAGUUAAAAUAUUUAGUGUGUUAAAAAAUCCUGUCUUGUAGCUGACCACAAUUCUGCAGGACCAGAGUGGGCUGAGCUAUUUGCUUCUUUGAAUUAGUCAAGGCCUCAGGUUUUAAAGAGAAAGGAGAGAAGAGCAGACUGGCUGGCAGGUUAAGCAUUGGCUUUCGCUUUACCUCUGAUAUUUUUGCCCAGAUUUCAAUACAUUCUCUGCUGCCCUAACUGGCCUCUUAAGCUGAAAUGGUCUUUCCUCCAGAGAUGACCUGCAUUCUCAACAAACCUAAGGGUUUUCUCUGAUUUAGCUCAUCGGAGUCAUGCAUACAGGCUUCCUGUGCUUUCGUUGCUUUUGUUGUUACUUGCCAUGCCCUGAAUGUUGGUUGCACUGAAAAAGGUAUGAAAAAGAUCUGCCCUGUUUGUGCCUUUUUGUUAGCUUCCUCGGACUCAUGCUAUGGGACUCUGUACAUGUAAUAUAUAUUGUAUAUAUUUUCACAAGUGAAAAAUAAAACAUUAACAGAUGCUGUUUCCUUA